AUGCCUGACCCUGUGCGCCAUGUCGCUCUGGCUACAACCUUGAAGGUUCAUGUUCACAGCGCCUCUGACCUACCGCGUGGCGAUGCCAAAGGUCUGUCCGAUCCUUACGUGGUGUGCUUCCUUCCACCGGGGGUGGACCCCGUCUUCCAAACCCAGGUUUGCAGGCAAACGCUGGACCCGGUCUGGAACGAGGAACAUCAGUUCCGCUACAACCCGGGCGCCAGCCUCCAGUUCCAGGUGCUGGACAAGGAUGACUCGCUGAAAGAUCUCUCCGAGCGCUUGCUUGACUUUCGCGGAAUCGGCUCGGACUUCCUCGGGCAAGUGACCUUGGAGAGUGAGGAAUUUUAUCCGAAGGGGUUCGAGGGCGAUGUCAUGCUCGAGGGUGUGCCUGGGGGCAAGAACGCUAUUCUGCAUUUGCGAAUCGCUGUCGAUGAGGGUCAGGUGCGCCUGCCCAUUCCUUCCCAGCCUGCGGCACCGCCUCACGAGACUCUCAUGGACACCGCCGAAGCCCAGCAGUUGCUCUACAGCACGGAGGAGAUGCCGAAGGAGAGGAGGCAGCCAACCACACAGCCUCCUCAACAUCCCCAGCAUCCUCCCUCGGAGCAUCGUCUCCAACAGAAUGUUCGCCAAGAGCAGAGGGGCGGAUCCUGCUCCUCCACAGCGGCACCCGGGGGCUUACAUGAGGUUUGGCAACUUCGCGUCACGCUUGCAGCAGCUGCUGCAUUGCCAACGGCACGCGACAGUGGGAGGUGCAGCCCAUACUGCCUUUGUGACCUCGCCGGGGACACGCCUUUUCAGUGCCGAACAGCUGUCGUCACAGACUCACGGGAACCAGUGUGGAACAAGACGGUCGGCAUGGAGUUCUCCGGCAAAGAGCCUUUGGUCUUUUCCAUAUACAGCAAGGAAGUUUGGCCUGAGAGAGACACGUUACUCGCGACGGCCACACUUUCAGCUAAUCAGCUGCUUCCAGACGGCUUCGAUGGAGACCUUGGGCUAGAGCUCUGCAGCGGCGCCGAGCUUCACGCACACUCCGAGCGACCUUCUCUGAGAGUGCAGGUGACUUGCCACAAAGUGCAGCGAACGGCUGUUUCCGCCGCUCGCCGCGAGAAGCACCAGCACCAGAAGCAUUUAGAGGCGUCAGAGCGGCAUGAUGAGCGCCAACACCAAGACAAGGCUUCAAGUCCGAGGCAGAAGGCGAAAGCCACACUGAGCCCAAAGAGGCUGAAAGUGCUCAUCCAGAGCUUCCGAGGAUUGCAUGGGAUGGACUUGUCCUCAAGGCGAGUCUUCUCCUGCAUUUGCGCCAUCGCCGGGCGGAGAUAUGCCGACUUGCAGACUGGCCCCGCCAUGGAGCAGGGAUACCAAACAGUGUGGAAUCUCGAAGGUGAGCUUCAAGACUAUGUGGAGGGAGAAGACCUGGAGUUCCACGUGGCAUGCGAGGAUACACAGACACAGCUUGAUGGAUCUGCUGUCCUGCGGUGCCAUCAGUUCUACCCGUUCGGAUUCAACUCCGACAUCACCAUGGCAAACGAUGGCCAGGGAAUAGUGGGACUAUUGCGGGUGAAGGUCAGCGUGGAGAAAGGAGCCAGUCAAAAGCAAGUCUUUCCCACAGGGUUGCGAACUCUGGGCAUCCAGCAACCAUCUUCUGCUGCCGAUGCGAGGCUAAAACAAGGAGGCGACGUUUGGCUCCGCAGCCUCCGACCCUGGGACGCCUUCCAUGCAUCCCUGGCAUCAGCUCAGGGCCAGGUCCAGCGCGAUCUUGAAGCCGAAAGUGAGCUCGUGACUCAGAUGUUUUCGGCAGCUGCCGUGUUUCGACUCAUUUCGAUGCCUCGAGGUCGCAUGCCCAUGUCCUCGCAAAGCCAGGCCCAGGCCGGAAUCGAACUUCGCUCAGCUUCGCCUUCAGCCAGCAAUGUGAGAGGCAGUGAGCGGACGCUCCGGCCGUUCCGCCUCCCCGUCCUCACCCACCAAGUUGGGGCCUCGGAGCAAAAAAACGGGCCACUGAGGCCACUUGGUGUGCAGCACGUUCUUCAAGUCUGCCAAGUGGGCAUCAGCCCCAGCCACGGUGGCCACGGCCAGGGCGGCCAGGCAAGCAACAGCCCUCUGGCGCUGAGCCCAGUUCCAACCCAGAGACAGCCGGCGGCAAUCGCUGCACCUCACAUUGGAAUCCCAGUCGUUCCAGUCACCAUGGGGAUCUCUCCAGCAGCGCCUGCUCUUGCGCUUCCGAUCGGAUAUGCGGGGCCGAGUCUCACCAGCACGGCAACUUCCAUGGCAGGUCUUGCGCUCGGCUUGUUGAAGUGA